UGCACCAACUUCGCUCUAUAGAAAUUAUGUACGAAGUUUACUGCAUCGUGGACAGUCACCUUUUUUUCUUUGUUCCCUCCAUCAGUCUAUAGGUGUCCACGACGCGGUAAGCCACGUGCUUUCUACAAAGCGGAGUUGGUGCAUAUGUAGAAUAUCAUUCAAUUCGUUAAGAUUAAAACUGCAAAUUAUUUUUACUUUAACGGUAAUGAUCACGAUACAGAAUUUAUCAAACGAAAUUAUAUUAAGUAUUCUGGAAAACGAAACCAUUAGUUUGAGCGAUGUUGAGAAUUUUAGUUCCACGUGCAAGGGAUUUGCAUGGAUAUCCCAUUAUGAAACUCUCUGGAAGAAAAAAUAUGCUCAGAGAUAUCCCACUGUACAGCUGUUUUGUAAAGACAAAAUGGGCAUUGAAUUUAAUGACUUAAAUAUUGAAGAUUUUAGAGAGGGAAUGAAAUGUGCGGAAAACUUGUGGCUUUAUGUGCCUCGAAUGUCUCAGAUGUAUUAUUACCAUAAUCUACAAUACGACUAUAUUGAUAUACAAUCUCUCGAUCUGCAUGCAGAAAAGCACCCUUUAAAUAUGUUGAUUUUACAUGAUGAACUUAUUAGAAAUAUAUAUCAACAAGAUCCACGCCAAUGCAAUUUAACAGAAAGAUACUACAGCAAAAUGAUAUUUUACUGUCUGUAUCACAACAUUUUUAAUUCUUUACUUUGGAAAACAAUUAUAAAAAACCCAUUCAUAUGCAGCGUUUGGAAGAUUUAA